AACCGCACGAGGUAGAGCGUGGCCGGCGUGAGCACCAGGCCUCAGGCCUUCGGCCAACCCACUUCACUGCCGUGUAAUUCUCCCGGUUUCGGUUUAUUUGUUCGCAGUCUCCCCGGACACCGGCUAUAGAAGAGGCAGGAAGGGAUCGGGUAUCAAAAGGGACGGUGGAUUGAGUCACUGCAGAUGGAGGAAAGUGACACCCUUGAUUUCAAGGCUCUGAAGAGAGAGUUAGAAACCGCCUUGUUCCUUGAUGAGAAACACAAACGAGAAAAUGAAGCAAAGUUCAGGGCCAUUCAUCAGAAAGUGGGAUCAUAUGAGGAAUUCAGGGAUAUUGUGCUGGCAUCACACCUGAAACCCCUGGACUUGCAAGACAAGUUGGCAGCAAGGAAUCAACCCUGGAAUUCAUGUGUUCAGUCAACGAGCAUAAAGGACAGUCUCCAGGUGGGGCUAUCCCAGCACUCGCAUUCCCAGCCAAAGACAGCUGCUGAUUUUAACCGUGACUGGAGAAGAUAUUACAGCACUGAAGCAGAGAAGUACAGUCUCCUUCUCAACCUAGGUGGCCAGCUUUUGGGGGACAUCUUCCGUACUGAAAUUGGUUUUGGAUAUCUUGGUGAGUUCCUCAUCAUCCUUUGCAAUAAUUUCCAAUCAACAGAUGGCCAGGCAAUAUACUGGAUCCUGCUGCAUCUUUCUCAAACCCAGCGGUUUGACCUGAAUGUGGAUUUCCUGAGCAGCAGCGAAAGAGAGAAAGGCAUACAGUUAUUUCAAAUGCUGCAACAGGCUUUGGAUGGCUCCCCGUGGCUGGGCAGUGAAGAAGAGCUGCAAGGUGUGAAAGAUGCUGCAAAAAAGGAGUGUGCUGCAGAGGUGGUAAAUACAGCAAUGGUACAAAAAUUAAUGGAAUCAUACAAAUUGAGCUAGUCUAGUUACUGCACCUUUGGAAGAUUUAUCCCCAUUUCACACACUCGUGAUUCUUCCAUCACUUCAGACAAAGUAAAACAUGAAUUUUAUUAAUUGGGAGGGUUUGCCUUUUAGGUGGUUGUUUUGUUCAAAUUAAUCCCCUUCUGCCCAUUCAACAAAAGACAUUUUCCACCACUUAAAAUGUCCACCUUUAAAAUGGGCUGUUGCUUACAUUGGCCAAACUGAUUAACCAUUACCCAUUUGUUAGUAAUGUGCCCAUGUUUCCAAAACAUCGGCCCACUUGUUUAUGAGCUAAAUAAGGAGGUCCCUUGUGUCAUUUAGGCGCUUGUGGAUCUGCUGCAUUUUUUUGUUUUUAUUGGUAUUUCAGUUUCCUUUUAUCCUGUAGCACAAUGUAAACAUUAAUCACCCCAUCACUAAUAACUGGAAUUAUUUAAUUUUCAAUGGUUAAGGCAUGUAGUGGUCAACUUACAUUUGCAUGAAUAUACUCAACACAAGCAGAGUUGAGACUGAUUAGCCAUGAGUAUCUUGGUCAUCAUGUGUCUUCUUGGGACUCUGGUAGGUCUGGAUCACCUUGCAAGCUAGAAGAAGUCAGGUUCCAUUGCAAGUAUUUGAGCUGCUCUAGUUCUGGACUCAUUCCUGGUAAUGUUAACACUGCAGUGCAGAGGCUGGCCUUUGAGGCUGUCUGCUGAGGUAUUUAAAAGUUUUUGGCAUUUUAAGGGAAUAAAAUGCUGAAUACCUUCCUAAAUUCAUCAAGAAAAAGAAAUUAGUAAGAUUUCCACUUACGCUUGAUAUAUGAUUUCUAAAGUUUUUUUUUAAGUAUCAUUGGAUGAAGCUUCUGGUAUAUCUCACCAUAAUGGGUCUCUCUUCGUACAAAAAUCUUGUACAGAUAGUGGGGAACACUGCAUAUAAUUUUGUACACAGGAGUAAUUGUUUGGUUUUGACAUUCACAGUUGCAUACAUCAGUUUUCUCUCUGGACCCUGAUUUUUGGCUUGUCCCCCAAUACCAGGCAUUGGCCCCUGGCUCCCAUAAUCCAGUUUGAGUUAUCUGCUCCGCGUGGCUCAUCCAUCCCCUCUUACUUUGUCUUCUGAUGUUCCUGAUUCUGUAUGCUGCUGGUAAGCUUGAUAAGUUCCACUGGAAAUAUCUUAUGGUCAUGAUGAAGAGCAAAAGUGUCUGUGAACAUCUUGUCCCCAUUCUGGGAGGUUUCUGGCCAUCCAACAGAGAGCCCUACUUUCUUCCAUAGCAGUGUGCUGAGGCAGCAGCUGGGCAGUGGGCGGAUGUAGUCUGUGGGUGGGUAGAUGGUGAGAUUGAGCUCUGCUCUUUCCAAGCAGAUCCUGUGAUUUAUAUUUUGUUUAAAAAUGUGUUAAUCCUAACAAAUGAUAGAAAUUCUAUUCGUAAGAUUUGUUCUUGAUGACUGUUGGAUGUUUACUGCA